CGACGCGGAGCGCCCCAGGCCCAAGCCACCACAGCGAAACGACAUAAACCUCUGCAUCCGAUUGACUUUGGAGCAACGCCUUGACACGAACGCGCGAACAUACUCUAGUUAUCACUCGAGUUUCUCGCCAUUGUCUCGACAGUUUCCGGCCCGAGCAACCCAUGCCGAGGAGAUAAUGCCCAGCGUACAGGGCUUCAGCACAUCACGAGCCCGGUCGUACAUCUUCCGGCUGCCGUUGUUCACGCGCGUCAUUGUCGCUAUCAUAUGCGCACUAUGGCUUGUCGGUGUGCAGUCAGUAUGGGAUAUUCGUGAAUUCGGGGCGUUGGUGCCUUCCAAGAUCAAUUUUGCGACAGCACACCGAUUAUCGACAUUCCCACUGAUACACCUGAACAUCUUCCACGCGCUCGUCAAUCUGGUUGCUCUGACGCCCCUCAUGGAGCGAUUCGAAAGCGAAUACGGGACCCUGACCACCUUGGCGUUGUUCUUUGGCCCUCUCACCACCGUUCCAGCCCUAGCAUACAUGCUGAUCGAGCGCUUCGUACUCCACGCGGAUACGGCUGUGAUGGGCGCCAGCAUGUGGGUGUUUCUGCUUCUCGGGAUGGAGGCCAUUCGAACGUUCAAGUCAAAUCCAUACCUCGUCAUUGGGACGCACCACAUUCCCACCUGGACCACGCCCCUGAUGUUGAUAUUCGCUGUGGCCGUACUGAUGCCCGGCACGAGUCUCUUGGGUCAUCUGUGCGGCGUGGCCAUGGGGUACAUUGCUGGCCUGGGCAUCAUUAAGUAUCUCGCACCACCUGAGUGGGCUCUGCGCUGGGUAGAGACCCGGUUCAACCUUCUAUCGAUCCUACCACACUACGUCAGUGUCGACCAAAAAACAUACGGGCGGUUCGGCGUCUUGCCCACGAACAAUAGAGCGGGUGGGAGUGCGGCGACGGAGCUCGUGGGUAGCACGCAGCGCCUCGGGCCAUAGGCGUUGGAAGACCUCGGUCUUUGAGGAGCCAUGUCGGGACGUUCCUAUUGUACCAUAUCGUGUAGAUCAUGCACAAAGCCGGUCUGUGCAUGCCGGUCUGUAUAGCAUUAUGGAGGCGUAUGGCGUUUCGAAGCAGCAUCCAUUGGGGGGGUGAACUUUUCGGGUUCGUGUAGACAUACAACGGGAUGGAAGUGUAAUCAGGUUUGAACAUAGCAUACAAUGAGACUACGAGUG